AUGGAAAACAUCGCGCCUGUGGCCUCCGGCAAAUCCACAGGCAAGACCUCCAAGGACUCGCUCGAGAUCGUCGCAGCGCAUAACACUGGUCCGCCGCUCACGAGCAAGCGCUGUGAGACCUUGAAGUGGGCGGACUCCCGGCUCACCCCUGGGUUGGAGAGGGUCGAGAAGCCCCUGGCAGACUUCAAGGAGGUCCGGGAUGGCGUGACGCUGGUGAUCCGGUCGCGGUUGGCCGCUCUGGCCGGCGUUGAGGUGGCCGAGCCUGCCCCUGGACCCGGCAAAGGGGGCAAGAAAGGAGUGGCCAAGGCGUCCGCGAAGGCAGCCCUCAAAGCCAAGGGUGGUGAUUCGACAGUGACCGUCUCUACAGGGCGAGCAGAGCGCGGGCUCAUCAUCCAGGUCGCCCAUCCGGAGACGGAGGCGGAAGAAGUCGCGCCCGUGUCUCCAAAUGCGAUCUGA